CCGGUACACCACAAUCAUAUAAGAUUUAUUGUUGCAUACUUCUUCACGUAAUCUGCUUCUUCCGCAAUCCGUAUGAUUGAAUUUAACCUACGGCUUCCACAUCCAUAUAUUUUUUUUUUAAACCGAUAUUCUCCUUAUAAAAAGCUGCACGUGGAUUUCCUAGUAAUUACUUGAUUGCAGGUAGUUAAUGAAGAAUUAGUUGAAUUAUCUACUUUUUUUUAUAUUCUGUUCAACUUCGAAUCAUAAAAUGGCCUUGAAAUGGGGAAUUUUGAGCGCAGGGAAAAUAUGCAACGAUUUUGUGAAUGCAUUAAAUUAUUUACCAGAUAAUGAACAUCAAAUAGUGGGUGUUGCCGCUAGUAAAAAGGAAAAAGCUGAAGAGUUUGCUCGCAAACAUAAUAUUCCUCUAGCUUAUGAAUGCUACGAAGAUCUAGCUAAAGAUAAAUCAAUAGAUAUAGUAUACAUUGGGUCUAUUAAUACAACGCAUUAUGCUCUGUGUAAACUAGUACUGUCAAACAAAAAGCAUUUGCUUUGUGAAAAACCUCUUUGCUUAAAAUAUAAAGAUGCGGAAGAAUUGAUAACAAUGGCCAAAAAAAAUAUGUUAUUCUUCAUGGAAGCCGUCUGGUCACGUUGCUUUCCAGUAUAUAAUGAACUAUCACAGCUGCUCACCUCCAAUGUCAUAGGCGAUGUUAUGUAUCUAACAGCUAAUUUAGGAAUACCUAUUAGUUCUGUCGAUAGAAUAAAAAAUAAGGAAUUAGGUGGAGGAACCAUUUUUGAUUUGGGAGUUUAUGUGCUGCAGUUAGCUAUUCUUGUUUUUGGAAGGAAUCCCCAAUCUGUCUCUGCUGUUGGUCAUUUAAAUGAAAAUGGUGUCGAUGAAAGUAUCAACUAUGUAUUGAAAUAUUACGAUGGAAAGACUGCGACUUUUUGUACUCAUAGUAAAAUAAAAAUGGACAACUCAGCAGUUAUUUAUGGAUCUAAAGGACACAUAAAGAUUAAAGAAUCAUUUCAUGCUCCCAUUGCGAUUUCUGUUAAUGAUGGAGAGGAAAAAAUAUUUCCUCUUCCUCCAGUAGAAGGAGAAAACUAUUUUGGCUGCAGCCAAGGUCUUGUGUACGAAGCAAUUGAAGUUCGAAAUUGCAUAAAUAAAGGUUUGCUUGAAUCACCUAAAAUGACGCAUGAAGAUUCUCUGACCAUAGCAAAAUGGCAAGAAGAAAUAUGCAAACUAAUCGGAUCACAAUAUUAGUAUUAAUCAUAUAUCUAUUGUAUAUAUAAUAAAUGUAGCUUUGUUUC